AUGCCGUCAACCACGAUGGCCAGUGGCGGGUGGAAGAAGGUUCUGCUGCCUGCGCUGGGUAGCCGUCGUCGUCGAGAUGAGGGUACGGCAGUUCACCCACUCCUCUCGACUUCAGAUACAGCUUCUGACAUUUACAACGUCGUCCCAUCAGCAUGCCCAGCUGGUGCCGACAGAGCUCGUAACACGGUCCAGGGUGACAUUGACAGCAGGCUCGUCAGCGCAUUUCUCGACACCACUGCCGAGAGCGAGGUCAUCCAGGGGGACAGAGCUCUAGAACACUUUGGCCAGUUUCAUCCUUUCGCUCGCAGCCACACUACUGGCACUGUACCUUCUGGUCCUCUCUCCAGUCGAUCCUCCUCGACGUCCAAGUCCCAAGCUGCAGCCCAUGUUUCUAAUCACAUCCCCCGCCGGCCUUUACCGCGGAAUCUUCGCAGCGAGACGCAUGACAACCCAACGACCUCGCCCGUGAAGAGUUCUAAUGGGCUCCUUCGACCGCUACCCCAGUCCCAGAGCGCCUCUGCACACCUGGUAGGCCGUGACAAGCACCGUAACUCGCAGUCCUUCUCUGGUGUCUGGCCAGGAAUCACCGGACGUUUCAAGGGCGGCAGUCCGAUUCGGAAGGGCGGCAAUGAGACUGACAAGAUCAGUCACUCGGUCACUUCCAUCCUCACAACGCAGGAUCUCACUGGCAGCGCUAUAGAUGCUGCAGACUCAGACCGGCCGUCUAAGACGUCGCGCUCCAGAGCUCGAAAUGUUAUUACUAAAUUCACCGGCGUGCUUACUGACCACUUCGGCAUCAAGGGAUCUCGAAGGCGAGAGCCCCCCGAGUCGACAUCUGCCGCCGAAGAUGUGUCUACAGGACACGUCGUCCAUGGUUCGUCAUGGAACAGACUGCCGUCAAGCCAACUUUACGCACAGAGCCAGGUUGCCACAAAUCCCGGACAGGUUUCCCCGGAUGAGGCUCUGUUGCUGGAUUGGGAGGGAAAAAGGCCGAGCGCAGCUGGGACCGUUGCAGGAGCCACGAGGCCCCUGACGAUAGUCAAUGAGGUCGACUUCCUCAGCGGCCAGAAUUUGGAGGAUCCAUUUUCCGAGUCACCUCCUGGACGUCAUUCGAACGAGUUCAAGGCUCUCCUGAAGUCGAAACAGGGCGCCAGAAAGUCUACGUCUCCCACCGACCCUUUCCAGAUCGAAUGUCUCCUGGAGACCAGCGUCGACGCCGUCUUGGCCAGUCCCCCAGUCGGCUGCUCCACACCUCGACGCCGAGCAGGCUCGUGUGGUCACUGCGAAACUCCUACCAAGAAGUCACGCGUCUUGCCACUCCACGGGCCCGACUCGUAUGGCGUGCCACCCACUGGCCUUCCUGUGAAAUCUGAGCGACAAGCAAGGGGUCGUGAGAUUUAUUGCCUCAAAAAAGUCCCAUCCUUCCACGCGUCCGCCAGACACCGAGACACCGUCACGAGCCUAGCACGGAAGAAGCAUCCAUCGCCAAGCAAGGGACAGCUUGAAAUAUUUGGCAAGUAUAUGGAGCAGAACCUCGCCCUAGGCAUGUUCAGGGAUCCGGACGAGCUGGGAAUGAGCUUUAGCUCAGGGCAACCCAACUUCAAUACGCUGUCGCCUCGCGAUAGCAAUCAGUUGAUGCGUGGCCCCGCUGCCAGCAAUCCAACGCUACAUCGUAAGGGACUUGGCGCCAGUGGCACUUCAUCGGGAUCGAUCAAGGCUCGCAGUCGUAUCCCGCAGCCUGUCAGACAGCUUUCCCGCUCUCGUACUGACACUGCCUUUGCCCGAGACUUUUACCCGGCUAAUAUGGGUGAUUCCACUACGGAGGACGAGUUGCAGUGGGACGUUUCGCUCUACAACAUCAACCGCCACUGUCAACAUUGCGGCAGCUUGAACAAAUUGUCGAAAGGAAUGUAUAAUCCUCAGCCGAGUUCUUCAACAAAGAAGGUCAAGUGA